UCUGGAGGGGGGGGGGGGUGGAGGCUCUCUCGCCUUUUCCUGUGGAGAGUGAGGUUUGGCUGCUACCAAAGUUACUUCCAGUCCUUGCUGUCCCUCCUGGCCUCCUGUGGUCCUUCCCAGGGACCCCUGCAUUCAGCCUCCAUACUCAGAGGUACCAGGGAGUCCCGACCAAUUGUUCUUGGCUCCUCAACUGGCUUCCUCCCUCCAGUGGCUUAUGGGGUACUAUCCUGCCCAGCUCCGCUAAGAUGAUCCUGGCCUCUCCCUCCACCCCGUCCAGGGGACGGACCCCCAGCGCUGUGGAGAGGUUGGAGGCCGACAAAGCCAAGUAUGUCAAGACACACCAAGUGAUAGCACGACGUCAGGAGCCAGCCCUGCGUGGGGGUCCCGGACCGCUCUCCCCGCACCCCUACAAUGAGUUGGGACCCCCUGGAUCGCCCAGGACGCCCAGGCCCGCCCGCCGGAGCAGCGGCAGGCGGCUGCCAAGGCCUGACUCCCUCAUCUUCUACCGCCAGAAGCGGGACUGCAAGGCUUCGGUGAACAAAGAGAACGCCAAGGGCCAGGGGCUGGUGCGGCGCCUCUUCCUGGGGGCCCCCCGCGACGCCACCUCGAGCAGUCCCGGCCCAACCGAGCGACCAGCGGCUCCUGGGGCUUGGGCCGCUCCCCAAGAUGCCCCGGAAGCGUCAGGAAAGCGGGCGCUGUGCCCCACAUGCUCACUGCCCUUGUCGGAGAAGGAGCGCUUCUUCAACUACUGCGGCCUGGAGCGCGCGCUGGUGGAGGUGCUGGGCGCUGAGCGCUUCUCUCCGCAGAGCUGGGGCGCCGACGCCAGCCCCCAGCCCGGGGCGCCGCCGCCGCCCGGCUCCGGGGACACCAGCGACUGGACGUCCAGCGACACGGAUCGUCCGGACGGUGCUGGCGGCGGCGGGGGCGGCGGCGGCGGCGGCUCGGAGGCCGCGGGCUCGGCGCGGGACGGGCGCCCCCCGGUGUCCGUGGUGGAGCGCAACGCGCGCGUCAUCCAGUGGCUGUACGGCUGCCAGCGCGCCCGCGACCCGCCGCGCGAGUCCGAGGUGUGAUUGCGGCCGCUCGGGAGCGGGCUUCCGGGAAGUCCGGGGUCCGGGCAGGGUUAAGGGGUGGGCGCGGGGCUGGACCCGGGCACCGGAAGGGACGCCCUGCCUCUGACGCGCCGGGUGCCGUGGGGCGAGACCUUCCCUCUGGAUCUGGGCUUCCCCUUGUGAACCUUGGGAGGCUGGGACAAAAUGAUUCCCAAAGGCCCUUCCCAGCGCAGACGGCGGAGGGGGAGGGGGCAGCUAUGUGGCCCCUGUGGAGGCCGGGUCUGGGGAGAGAGGUCUGGGGUGGGAGAUCAGAGAAUCUGCUGAAUAAAGCCACAAUGUUAUUUAAA